GAAUAUUGGUCCUGCCUGCAAAUCUUCAGGAGACGGCAGAAGAGCUUUAUCUGGAAGUCUAGAGGCAAAGACCUUUAAUGCUCUAAAUUACCCAGGGCUUGAUAAAACAUUUUCAGAAUGACUUCCUUGGUUGACAUGCCCUUGAAUUAUGAAAAGAUGUUUGCUCAUCGAUUCACAUCAGAUGAUGAAGAAUACCAAGAAUACCUGAAACGCCCUGCAGAUCCCCCUCCUAUAGUUGAAGAAUGGAGAAACAGAUCUGGUGGCAACCAGAGAAACAGAGAUCGGUUUCAAGAUGGUAGAUAUUUUAGAGGAGACAGAUACAACUGGCAAGGUGACUAUAGAUCUAAUCAGAGGCCAGAAAGAAGUUGGGGUAAUAGCUACCAGCAGCACAGACAAGGACAAUCGUACUCCUCCCACUACGGACAAUAUGGCUACAACUCCUACAACCCAGGGCCUCGUUACCAUCCCUACUGAUGAUAUUUGUGGUUUGAAAGCCCAGUGAUUCUAUGUAACAAAUUCAGUUAGAUUUCAGUUUUCUUAUUUUUCCAGUUUUAUAGAUAACUGAAGAAUCAGUAUUACAGUCCAUUGCUGUUUAUCUGUAGUGCGAAUUGAAAAAGGGAAUACCUUUUAUGAAUAAUAAAAGUGUAUUAUAUGGAGUUUGUUUAGUCUGUAGAUCUUAGAUUAAAUUUCUAUCUCAUUCUUUUGUCUGAAUACAUACUAGUAGACUUCUUCCAUCACUGAAAUUUCUCUGUUACAUUUUUGAAAACACAACGGGUCAGGGGGAAAGAGCUGUGGUUUGUGUGCAGCCUGUAGCAGUGGCACAUUGCCUUAAGAUAGUUCUUUUUGAAAGUGACAUAUUGUGUCUUUCUCUGGAGAGAAUUUCUUAGUUUGGCUUUUGAUAGUGAGAAAAGCUCAGUUUGGUUUGAAUUUCGAAUGCCUUAAAACUGAGACAAGAAAUGCUAUUACAGAAGUAUUUUAUGGGGUCGGCAUAGUGUCUGUUGACUCAAUGACUUCAAUUUAUUUGCAGUAUUCCUCUUAAAACAUGGUCUAAAAGUUGGAAUAAAAAUGAAGUAGUUCAAAUAUGUAUCUUCUUAUUGUAGUAGUUCAGUGAUAUACAAGUUUUACCUUGAGAAGUGAUAUCAGACUUAGAUGAAUUUGUAUCAUCUUAAAAUAAAUUUGGUACGUGCAUAACAAAUUUUGGAAUUCCCAUUUCAGUAAAGCUGUAAAAUUUUGAUGAUAAUUAUGAUUAGUUUGUAUGAAAUACUUUGUGCAUGUUAUAGAAGAAAGGAACCAUAAUCAGUACUGUUCUGUACUUUUUUUGCAUGAGAAAGUAGCAUAAGCAGUGCAGAGUGUUAUUCAGUUCUUAGAAUUUAAGUUCUGUGGGGUUUUGAAGUAUGCACACAAUAAAAGUAUAGUUCUCAUGUAA